GUGCUUGAAGCGAUCGAGGCGAAGGGGUUCCAGGAUGACUGGUCUGACAUUUGCGGCAAUGGCAGGCGAUACGAGUCCCCCACUGAGUACUUCAAUGGGCUGGAGGGCGUGGUGAUCGAGGCGGCGCUGCAGGACGACAUUUCGCCACCAGCGACGGGAAGAGUGGACGGGCCAGUGUUCAGCGACCAGACGGUACGACUGAUUAAAGCAAAGCACUACUGGCAACAUCAGCUUGCAACUAUUCCUGACGGUGCUCGGUGGGUGCGGGCACAGUUCCACUUGCAUUUCAACGAGGCGGCGAAGCUGGCGACGGCGGCGAUCAGGAGUGAGAAGCGGCAGCGGGCGGCGGCGCUGGCUGACGAGGCGGAGCGAGCAGCAGGCCAGAGGAACUUGCGGAGGCUCCACACCAUCGUGAAUAAGUUGGCCCCGAAACCAGCGGCGCCAAUCAUGACAGCGAAGGACUUGCACACGGGGCUGCCGCGUUUCGAUGCUGAAGACGACCAGAGAGUGCGUAUUCAGAGCAUUUGCGACGUGUGCGACGGCGCGGCGAUGAGUGUUGACGAGCGGUCCCUUCAAGCUGGCAGGAAGGAGCGCGAUGAUGACAGGAUCAGCAGCUAUGGUCUUGCGGAGGUGAAGGAGAGUACCAUGGAUUUGCCCAAUUUGAAGAGGGGACUUAUGCUGCAGUGGCCUAUGAGGGGGCCGCCUGGGGGAGCUGUUGCUGAGCCUUGGAAGCUGGCGAGUGACACGCUCGCGCCGCCACUCUUGCAGGUUUCUAAUGCGGCGCAGGCGCUGGGCGACGCACCUCAGAGGUUCAAGGAUGGUGAGACCAUGCAGUUGAGGAAACCGAAAGGCGACGGCUGCACGGCAUCGACGGGCUACCGUACCAUCAGCUUGAUCAACCACGUCGGCAAGGCGUGCGCCAAGGUCGCCACGCUUGACGCGAUGCGGGAGGCUUUGGGCGGCUCUCAGUUGAAGUUCUUUGAUGAUCUGCUCACAUUCGUUGGAAUCGGGGAGUACGACGAUGCAUCCAUCAUCCUGGAAGUACUGACGGGUGAGAUCAAGGCGGGCGGCAUGAGAGUCAACGGGGGGAAGACCGAGAUAUUGCUCACGCCUUCGGAGGUCAGCAGCAAGAAAAGGUUGAAGCAUAUUCGAGCACAAACUACGGGCAUAGUGACGUGGGGAGACGAUGACUACUUCCCGUUGCACCCGCAGCCGACGGUCAAGUACUUAAGGGUGCAACUGGCGGCGACGGGCACCCGCCACGUGGAGGUCGCGAACCGCAUCAGGGCAGCUAGCUCUACUCACGCUCGCCUGCUGCGCCGUGCGUUCAAGAGUGGGCCCAGUGCAAAGUUGAAGAUCAGAUUGUGGAAGGUGCUUGUCCGCUCGGUGUGCUUGCGCUGCGUGGAGGUCGCACACCUCGCCAAGCGGGGCUUGAACAAGUUGGAGAGCUGGCAGGUGAAGAAGCUUCGUGGGUUGUUGAAUUUGCCAGCCCACCUGUAUAAGAAUACCAGCCGAGAGAGCAGGAAGUGGGCCCGUGCUCCGAAUGCUACGAGCACGCUGCUACUGAGAAAGUUGAGGUGGUGGCAACAAGUGUUGUGGCCUGCUUUCAAGGAGCCCAGCGACGAUUUGCACGACCCGACGCUGGCGGUCAGGGCGGUCAUCUUCGGCCGAUUCUCGUUUGAGAGGGUCGGCCAUAGGGGGCAGUCGGGCACGCUGACUCUGCUACUGGACGACAUGCGGCAGAUGUGGCAGACCGCGGACGCGCAGGGGAAGCUCACUGCCCGUCGGCUCCUUCAGCUCCGCGGCGACCUUCCCGAGCUGGCCGAGCCGCGGCUGCGCUGGCUCGCCGCCCUUGAGCCGCGCUGCCUUCGCCGCGUGCUGACGCAUGGCGGCGAG